AUGGCCCUCGUGUACGGGGGGUCCCGGGCACCGCAUGCGGAACCGGAGCUGCUCCCCCGGCAGCCCUACGGAGCCCCCCACCCGCUGCAGGGCUACGGCCCCAACCAUCACCCCACAGGUCUCCCCGGUCUCUUUGAGCCGGGGCUGCACCACGCGGGGGCCGCGGCUCCGGACGCCUCCGUCAUGAACCUGAUCUCGGCGCUGGAGCCGCGGCCCCAACCGGGCCCGGCCGCCUCCUCGCUGCUCUCCCAGUUCCGGAGCCCCUCCUGGCAGACCGCCAUGCACACCCCGGCCCCAGCCGAACUCUUCAUCUCGGGCGCCCUCCCCGGUUCCGGCACCUUCCCGGCCUCUUCCGCCCUCGGCGCUUACCAGCACCCGGCCCCAUUCCCGGCACGGAGCUUCCCGGUGAGCUCAGCCCUCACCUUACCGGAGCCCCCCUUCAGCCCCGGCUCCAACGGCCUCCUUUCCCCCCAUGAUCCUUUGCUCCACAUCAAACCCACCCAAGCACCGGUGCCGCCACCACCACCACCACCACCACCGCCACCACCACCGCCACCGCCACCACCAGCGCUGGGCUUCGAACGCUUGGGCACGGCGGUGCUGGGAUCGGCGUUACCGGCGCAGAGCCCCGCUUACCGCGGCGCUACCGGCGCCUCGCAGUUCAACCUCCUCUCGGCGCCGUUACCGGAGCAACCGGCGCAGCUUUACAACGCCUCGGUGUUCGGCGGUGCCGCCGGCGAGCGCGCCGUGCCGCGCCAGGACAGCGUCAUCAAGCAUUACCAACGCCCCGGCGCCGCCCAACCGCACGGCCUCCAGCAUUACCUGAGCUGCGGUGGGAGCUACCAACAGAUGCCCCCGCACCGCGCCGCCGCUUUAGCCUGCAGCCCUUUAGGCGAGCAGAGCCCCGGUAGCGCCGAAGCGUCCCAACAGGCUCCUAAAGGCGGUGGUGGCGGUGGUGGCGGUGGUGGCGGUGCCGUGCCGCGACCGGAGCCGGCGCAAAGCUACCGGCCCAUUAUCCAAUCGCCGGCUUAUUCCGGUGGCAACGGCACCGGGGGCAACGGCAACGGCGCCAAGUCCAAGAGCUACUCGGCGUCGCGGCAAACGCCGCGCUCCACCGCUACCCCCAAGUGCCAAAGCAGCUUCAGCACCAGCACCCCCAAAGCCAGCUCUGUUAUCUCCAGUCAUUCCCCAGCCUAUUCCCCUUUGGCUUUGGGGCCGGGGGGGGGUUAUGGGGCCAACACCGCUCCACCAGCACCACCACAACCGCAACCGCAACCGAGCUCCGGUUUCACCAGUGCCCAAAGCGGUGGUGGUGACUUAGGGGGCAAAGGCACCGGAUACCCCCCCCCUCCCAACGCCGGGGGGCAAAGUGGGGCCCCUGCAUGCGUUGGGCAAGGCCAAGGCUUCUCCCCCGAGCAGCUCCAAGCGCUGCCCUAUGGGGUGCAGGCGGAAGUGGGUUCCUUAUCCUAUAGCACCGGGCAUUCCCCGGCUGUGCCGGCGCCGCUGCCCUAUAGCCCGGCUCCCAGCAUCCGGCCCUUGCAGUCGCCACCGGCGGCACGGAGCUCACCGGGGCAAUCCCAGAAGUACCUGGGCUCCGUGCUCUCCCCGUCCUUUAUGGCACCGGGAUACGGAGGAGGAGGAGGAGGAGGAGGAACGACGCCGGCACCGGGAACGCCGGCACCGGCACCGGCGUUGGAGCGGGCUCCGGCUUUUGGCAAAGGGAGCAAAGGGGACGCGGAGCUGCUGGGGGCCGAGAGGAGCGAGGAUGAGGAUUUCCUCAUCCAGCAUCUCCUGCAUCCCAGUCCCCCCCCAUCACGGGGGGAACCCAUGGCUGGGGGGUGCGAGGAGCGCGGCGCCGGAGGAGGGGGUUAUGGAGGCUUGGGCAAGGCGGAGGAGCGGUACCAGUUACAAAGCGUGAUCCGGCCCAAUUCCAACCUGGAAGCGCCCCUGGAGUUGGCGUUGUUGAAGGAGAAGAAGAAACCGGAGCGAGGGAAGGAUUACCGGAGCGCCGGUAGCGCCAACGAGGGCAUGGCGGCCACCUCUGUGGUUCACUAUGGGCACCAAGCACCGGGGAUGGAGCCCUAUGGGCAGGAGCUGAAGAAAAGCGGUGCCAAGGAGAUGGGGCAGCCCCAUGGUUACUUAGGGAAGACCCCCGAGCAUGGGCGCUUGGUGGCUGAACCCCCCCCGUUGGAACCGCAUGGGCUGCUCCUGGACCCGGCUCCUGAGCUCGGACCGGUCCAAGUGGGACCGGCCCACGUGCGCGGUCAAGGCAUGGAACCGCCGGCACCGUUACCACCGGAGCCUAUGGAAGUCCUCCCGGCUCCCCAAGAGAUCCAAGACUUCUUAGAGCCACCAUUGGGUUUAGAACCCCAUUUAGGCCAAACCGGCGCGGUGCAAGGGCCGCCGGGGCAUCUUCUGGACCCGGACGGAGGAGCCCCACCGGUGGCACCGGCACCGUUGGAAGCCAAGGACCAGUUUGCCGAAGGGGGAAGCCCGGCGGGGGGGAAGAACCGGUUUGUGCCAUUGACUUCCAUUUGCUUCCCGGAUGCUCUGCUCCAGGAUGAGGACCGCGGGUUCUUCCCCGGUAUGGAGGAUAUGUUCGGCCCGGCACCGGAAGACUUCCCGAAGGCGACGGAAGAGGAAGAGGAAGAGGAAGGAAGCGGUGAAACCAUCAAACCACCCUACGACAUCCCCCAACCAUACCCUUCAUUCUGCCCACCGCAACCACCACCGUUGGCAUUGGACCACACCAAACACGAGUUACCAUCGACCGUCAACGCCGAGCCGUUGGGGUUGAUCCAAGGCACCGAAAGCACCAAAGCGCCGUUGGCGACGCCGCUUUUUUGCUCGUCCAAACCCAAAAAACUCCUCAAAACUUCUUCUUUUCACCUCCUCCGCAAACGGGACCCGUUCCCCGCCCCGAAGAAAAACUACGCGCAAGAAUACGAGUUCCAGGACGACGAGGACAAAGCCGACGUCCCCGCCGACAUCCGCCUCAACAGCCGGCGCUUACCGGAUCUCUUACCGGAUCUCAUCUCCAGUUGCCGAGCGCGGCCACCUCCGUUGAGCCCUAUUCAUGGGGGGGACCCAUUGGGGUUCACUGCUACCGGUGCUAUGGGUGGUACCCAUGCGACGGCACCCAAGAAAAGGGGGCGCAAACCCACUAAGCCCAAACGGGAGGGACCCCCGAGGCCAAGGGGGAGGCCGAGGAUUAGGCCUUUACCGGAGCCGCCGCCGCCUUUGCCGCCGUCACCGUCACCCCAUGGGGUCCUCCUGCCCCAUCCGGAUGCAGGCAAAAGGCCCCGAGGAAGAGGAAGGGGCCGGGGCAGGAAGGGAGGGGAAGAGGCAGGAGAUGGGAAUGGGAUGGAGGCGUUGAAGCCGCUCAAGCUCAAACUGGCCAUGACCAAAGGCUCGGACGCGCCGUUGGCACCGGACGGCUCCCUCGCCAUUCCCAGUAUUCCCAGUACGGGCUCGGAGGUGGCGCCUAUGGAACCAUCGCAGAGCCGGGAGCGCAUCAAGCAGAAGAUCAAGGAGGUGGAGGAGAAACAACCGGAGAUGAAAUCCGGUUUCAUGGCUUCCUUCUUGGACUUCCUCAAAGCCGGCAAACGCCAAACGGGGCCUCCCGGCGCCGCCAGCCCCACCAAGAGCCACCGCGGCGCCGGUCCCACCACCACCACCACCACCACCCCCUUCCCAAUGGGAGGUCCUAUCCUAACCCCCAGUUUGGAAGGGGCGGAAGGGGAUGGUUUGGUGAUGGCGUGUCCCAGUCCGUGUAAGAGGUUGGAUGAGGAGCUCAAGAGGAACCUGGAGACGCUGCCGUCCUUCUCGUCGGAUGAGGAGGAUUCGGUGAGCAAGAACCAGGACCUCCAGAAGAGCAUCUCCUCGGCCAUCUCGGCCCUCUAUGACCACGGCGACCGGAAGGAUGCUGAGGUGGUCGCCGGAGGUGGGGAUGGGGAGGUGACGGCGUCGCCGCGGCAUCAAGUUCCCCCAGUAGCAGCAUCACCGGGGGGCGCCGCGUCCCCAGUACCGCUCCCAGUCCCCAUACCGGUACCAGUGUCGGGGGGGGGGUCCCCGGAAGCGGCUCAGGACCCGCGGGCGCUGCACCUGGCCCAGAAGCAGGAUGCGGCCGCCGUGUGCGGGGACACGGAUGAGGAAGAGGAGGCCGGGAGCGGAGGGGAAGGGAUUUACCGGGAACGGGAUGAGUUUGUGGUGCGAGUGGAGGAUGUACCAGCAUUGAGGCUGGCUCUGCAGACGGGCCGGGAGCCGCCCCCCAUCUGGCGCGUGCAGAAGGCGCUGCUGCAGAAAUUCACCCCCGAGAUCAAGGACGGGCAGAGGCAGUUCUGUGCCACCAGCAAC